UGUUCCGUGCCCAAGCUGAAGCGCUCUGUGCUGAGCACUCUGCCUGUCCUGUCAUGGCUGCCCCAUUACUCAGUGAGAGACAACGGCCUGGGAGACCUCAUCUCUGGCAUCAGCGUUGGCAUCAUGCACCUGCCUCAGGGUCUGUACCACAUCUACUGUUGGACCAAACACACAUACAGGGCCCAAUCACAGGGUUCAAUCACAGGGUCCAAUCACAGGGCCCAAUCACAGGGUCCAAUCACAGGGUCCAAUCACAGGGCCCAAUCACAGGGUCCAAUCACAGGGCCCAAUCACAGGGUCCAAUCACAGGGUCCAAUAACAGGGUUCGAUAACAGGGUUCGAUCACAGGGCCCGAUCACAGGGUCCAAUCACAAGGCCCGAUCACAGGGCCCGAUCCUAACUUGAAAUCGGCAACACGUGUAACUCACAUGCAAAUCUCCCAAAUCUCCUGCUGAUGUAAAAAUGACUUUCUAAAUACAUUUGAUUGAUUGAUGCCGAUGCUUGAGGUAUGGAAAAGCCUGAUUUACACAAAUCGAUCUCAAUGUUUAAUCUCUUUGGGCUGUUAAAUUCCUAAAAGUUACAUGAUAACUGUCUAUUUUGUGAAGACUGUGAAGACUUUCCUGUAACGUUUGCAUAGGUAUGGCCUAUGCUCUCCUGGCCUCUGUGCCUCCAGUGUUUGGCCUCUACACCUCCUUCUACCCUGUACUGGUCUACUGCAUUCUUGGCACCUCCAGACACAUCUCCAUAGGUAAGACGGAGUGGAGAGAGGAGGAGACAGAAAGAGAGGAGGAGACACAGAGAGAGGGGGAGACAGAGAGAGAGGGGGAGACAGAGAGAGAGGAGGAGACAGAGAGAGAGGGGGAGACAGAGAGAGAGGGGGAGACAGAGAGAGAGGGGGAGACAAUGAGAAAUGGAGGCAUAACAAGGGAUGUAAAAGAGAGAUUAUGAGACAUAGAUAAAAGAUACAUAUUGAUAAUUUAUACAUAUAUAUAUAUAGACAGAUAUUAUUUUUAAGAUAAUUAUAUGUAGCAUAAAGAUUUAGACCGAGAUAUAUUUGUUAUACAUAUAUAGUAUUAGACUACAGAUAUCAUAACAGAGAUAUAUUUUUAGACAAAGAGAUGUAUACCAGAGAUAUAUUCUAGACAAAUUAUAUAUAUCUUUAUAAACAGAUCAUAAAAGGGGGAAAUGAUAUUUAUACAAGCGAGAUGUGAACAGAGAUAUUGGGGACGAGAGAGGGAAAGACUUGAAUGUUUUUAAUUUCAUAGGUCAAAGGAAUAAUGAGUUUCACUAAGGUGAUGUUGUGUGUGUGUGAUGUGUGUGUGUUUUUCCUCAGGCACGUUUGCUGUGAUCAGCAUCAUGAUAGGCAGUGUGACAGAGAAGCUGGCGCCAGACAGUGACUUCACGUUCCUGAAUGGAACCAACGGGACAGCAGUUCUAGAUGUGGCAGCCCGCGACGCCUACAGAGUACAGAUAGCAGCCAGCACCACAGUACUAAGUGGGCUCUUUCAGGUCCUGCUGGGCAUAGUGCGGUUUGGUUUCGUGGUGACGUACCUGUCGGAGCCCCUGGUACGUGGCUACACAACAGGAGCAGCUACACACGUCGUCGUCUCACAACUCAAAUACAUCUUUGGUAUCCACCCUGCACGCUUCUCUGGACCACUGUCUCAGGUCUAUGUGAGUACACACAACACAUCCACAUCCACACACUCAUGCGCAAAGACACACAGACACAUGCAGGCAGUAACAGUCUGACUGUCCAUCUCUCUCUCUCUCUCUCUCUCUCUCUCUCUCUCUCUCUCUCUCUCUCUCUCUCUUUCUCUCAUAUCUCUCUUUCAUAUCUCUCUUUCAUAUCUCUCUCUCUCUCUCUCUCUCUCUCUCUCUCAUAUCUCUCUCUCUCAUAUCUCUCUUUCAUAUCUCUCUCUCAUCUCUCUCUCUCAUCUCUCUCUCUCAUCUCUCUCUCUCAUCUCUCUCUCUAGAUCCUAAUAGACAUCUGUAGACAUCUGCCAGAGACUAACAUUGGGGCCCUGGUGGUUAGUCUCGUGGCCUUGGUGGUCCUCAUAGUGGUCAAAGAACUCAACUCCUGUUAUGAGAAGAAACUACCUCUGCCUAUUCCCAUAGAACUCAUAGUGGUAAGUCCUUUAUACCUAACCCCUCUCUGUAUCUGUCUGUUCAUUAGUCACACAAUCAUUGAUUGAUUGAUUUAGUUUAUUAGAUCAUUAAAAGUGGAGACAACAUUACAUAUACAUGUAUUUUCCAUCAUCCUCUCAAUUAUCUCUCUCUGUUUUGGUCCCUUGAACAUAUGUGUGCUAAUGAAUGUCACUAGAGGGCAGGCUGUCACCAUGGCUGAUAUCUAUAAGGAGCGUAGUGUAACCCAGAGCUGCUGCUGUCUUCUGGACCUGUUAAACAUUUUGAGAGGAAGUUAAUUCUAUUCUCAGUUUAACAAUCCAGAUGUUUUUGUUUGUGUUAUUGUGUUUUUCAUCAAUUAGAAUCAGUUGGAAGCUCUUUGUAUAUCUCAAAGGGUUAAUAUUCUGCCCAGUUAGUGUGUGUGUGUGUGCCCCCAGUUAAUGGUAGUGCUUGGUUUCUCAUUCAUCCAAUAAAAUGUGCUCAAGUGAUGAGCUCUGUUAAAUGAUUGGCCUGUCUUUCCGCUUGAAUUCCAAACCCACACAGGGUCUGCGAUAAUGAUUUACUCACAAUUACACACAUGCAUACAAGUUCCUACACAUGUGUACAACGGUGGAUGCUUUGUUGUUGUGAGUAUGGUAACCUAUGUGUGUGUGUGUGUGUGUGUGUGUGUGUGUGUGUGUGCGUGUGUUACAGAUCAUAGCAGCGACACUCAUCUCCUACUACUGCAACCUGAACAGCCAAUACGACGUGGCCGUGGUUGGAGAGAUCCCCAGAGGGUGAGUGUUUAUGUGUGUGUGUGAGUCAGUAGCCAUAGGUUGUUGACUGGGGCCUGGUCUGUUGAGGCAGAGUGCUCUCCUGGUCAAGGUUACACCCAGAACAAAGCAAGGGGGGCAAGGACCGAAAGUAUCAGAGGGUGAUAACAUAAUGUACAGUUUGUUUGUGUGUGUGUGUGUGUGUGUGUGUGUGUGUGUGUGUGUGUGUGUGUGUGUGUGUGUGUGUGUAGGGGGUUUCUAAGGUCAGUGAGAUGCCGAGUUACAGUUUUGACUUAAAUCUACUUGAAAAUCUAUGGCAAGACCUGAAAAUGGUUGUCUAGCAAUGAUCAACAACCAAUUUGACAGAGCAUUGAAUAAUUCUUUAAGAAUAAUGGGCAAAUGUUACUCACAGCUGUAAUCAAUGCCAAAGGUGCUUCUACAAAGUAUUGACUCAGGCGUGUGAAUACUUAUGUACAGUUAACAAAAAUAUAAACGCAACAUGUAAAUUGUUGGUGCCAUGUUUCAUGAGGAGUAUUUCUGUCUGUAAUAAAGCCCUUUGGUGGGGAAAAACUCUAAAUCUCUAAAAACAUGUUUUCUCUUUGUCAUUAUGGGGUAUUGUGUGUAGAUGGGUGAGAUAAAAAAAAUCAAUUUAAUACAUUUUGAAUUCAUGCUGUAGCACAACAUAAUGUGAAAUAAGUCAAGGGGUAUGAAUACUUUCUGAAGGUCCUUUAGCUCCUUGAGAAGGAGUCAUCCUAGAGCAGGGAUGGGCAACUUUGAUGGGGAUGGGGGCUGAACUCAUCAUGAGGGGACGCAGUGGCUCAUGGGUCUGUGUACCCACCCACAUCCAUACCCUAGCCUUUUGGGGACACUUAGGGACAUUUUAUUGGUUAGUCUUGGACAUGUAUUAGCUGAUUUUGCAUGGUUUUCAGACUGCUGGACUGCCAAAGACCAAAGCCAAGCAGCUGUUUCUUCUAUUGCUCCAGGGCAGCUUUUGUAGGCAGGUCACCUUCAUUCAUAAGCUUGAUCAAGUUGUCAAAGGUUUACUUUAAAUUGAUCAUUUCAUUCUUUCACAUUUCAAAACAUAAAGUAGCCUACAGGUACUUUAUCACUUGGUUUACCAUCUAUCAUUUAGGUUAAUUUGAGUCAUUAUCACAUUACCUGUGAAUUGUUAUGGAAUUAAAUACCCUCAAAUAAUUAUCUAUACAUAAUCUUUAGAUGCUGACUUCAAAAUCACCCGAAUGAAGGCACCUUUUUACCAUCCUGCCUCAAAUGGCAGCACCCUUGUCAGUGUUUACACAGCACCCUUGUCAGUGUUUACACAGCCAGUGUUUGGAAGACCAGGCACCUGUACUGUAUGACCUCUAAUGUCAAAUAUUUGGUCCUUGGCAUCUUAAUGAUUAACUCUAGAAAAUUAUUAAAUGUAUAUGGGUCAUUGAGGUUGUGUACAUUUGUUCCGACACUUGUUACCACUGUUGAAGGACCUAGCGGACAAGCAGCGGCAGGAAUCAAGUGGAUCUGUUGGAGAUGAUGGAGGAAGGGGUCUGGACAGUGGCAGUAAUGGAGGAGAUACAUUUUUACAGUGUUGACAACAUCGCUGUCCUUGACCCACAUCAAUCCCCUAUAUACCUCCCUCCCCCUCUCCUCUCUCAACUCUCUCCUCUCUCCUCCCUCCCCCUCUCCUCUCUCCACCCUCUCCCCCCUCUCCCUCCCCUCCUCUCCCUCCCUCCUCCUGUCUCCACACUCUGUCCCCCCUUCCUUCCUCUCCUCCCUCUUCAACCCUCUCCUCGCCUCUACCCUCAUCCUCCCUCUCCUCUCCUCUCGCUCUCUCCUCCUGCUUCUCUCCCUCUCCUCCUCCACUCCCUCUCUCCCCCUCCCCCCCUCUCCUCCCUCUCCUCUCUCUCCUACCCUCCCUCUCACCCUCUCCUCCCUCUACCUCCCUCUCCUCCCUCUCUCCUCUCUCCUCCCUCUCCUCUCUCUCCUCCCGCUCCCCCCCCCCCCCCCCUCUCCCGCUCCCCCCCCCUCUCCCCCUCUCUCUCUCCCCUCCUCUCCCCUCUCCUCUCUCCUGUCUCCUCCUCUCUCCUCUCUCUCCCGGUUCUCCUCCCUCUCCUUCUCCUCCUCUCCUCACCCCUCUCCCCUAUCCUGCUCAUCCGUCUCUCUCAUCCUCUCUCCUGUUCUCCUCCUCUCCUCCUCCCUCUCUCUCUGGAACCCCUCCCCUCCGUGGACCCUCCCCCCCACCCUCUCCCGCCCUCCCCCCACCUCCUCCCCCCUCCUCCCACUCCUCCUACGCCUCCCAAUACCCACGCCCCCACCAAACGCACCCCCCCACCUCCUCUUCCCACCCUCCUCCUCGCCCCUCCAACCCCCACUCACCCCCCCCCGCUCCUCACUCCCUACUGAGCUCCCAACCCUUCCUUAUCUCCCUCCUCUCCUCUCUCCUCCUGCCUCCUCCUCUCCCUUUCCCCCACCCCUCGAUGCCCCUCCCCUCCCUCCUCAUGUCCUCCGCCUCCUCUCCCCACUCCCCAACUCUCCUCCGGGGACGUCAUUUGGCAACGUUCCCCCCCGGGAUCCUACUCAUCCGCCUCGCCCUCCUCUCUGUCCCUCCGCCCCAUCCUUCCUCCUCUCCUCCCACGUCCUCCCGACGUCCCUGCCAUCUCGCGCCCCUCCGCAGUCAUCCGGCGCGUCCACAUCCCCCUUUCAGAUGACCGUCUUCCACCUCCCGACCCCAUCAUUAGAACCCCCCCCGUUCUUGCGCGAGCUCCGCCCAUGACGCCAUCUCUCAUCUCCUCACGCCUCCCGCCUCUACCUAGCGCUCAGCAUCCCCUCCCCACGCACGCGCUCAGCCACGCAGUGUCCACCCUCCGUACCCUCCAGUACCCUCCCUCCCGUCACCGACAGCCAAACCCUCAUCCUCUUAUCUCGCAACAUCCGCCGACUACUCCUACUGAGUCCUUCGCCCCAGCACCCAUUUGAUAUCAGCUGCCGCCGCUCUCCUGCCCCCUCCCUCUCGACUCUAAUCCUCCUCGUAUCACCUCCGCCCCUCUCGAUCGAACCUCCGGCAUCUUCCUCCAUCCCACCAUCCGUCCCAUCAUCCUCCGGAAUUCCAAGGGCAGUCCCAACCCUCCCCUUCACGAAUCUCCUUCCCCCCCGUCCCCUCAUGCCCGCCCUCCGUAACACGAGCCCCUGAACGGGCCCAAGCCUUCUGUCCUUCAGCCCAAGCGACUCCUCUCGGACAUGAAACCUCUCCUGACUCCUCCCUCUCCUGUCUCCUCCCUCUGUACUCCCACUCCUCACUCCUUUACGUCCCCCUUCUCCCCCCCCUUCCUCUCCAUCCCUAGGCUGAAGUCUCCCAGUCUACCUGACGUCAGUCUGUGGGGUACGGUGGUUGGUGAUGCGUUUGCUGUGGCCAUAGUGGGUUAUGCCAUCAACAUCUCCCUGGGCAAAACCUUUGGCCUCAAACACGGCUACAAGGUGGACAGCAACCAGGUGGGACACGCAGGCGCACGCACACAUACACACACACACACACACAUGCAGACACACACAGUUAUGCAGGUAGGCAGGUGCAUGCUUGAGGUUGUUCUGCUCUGAAGGAGAGAGACAGCUCUCUGGUCCUGAAUGUUUAAUGGCCGACACGCUCUGCUCAGUCAAGUACAGAUGUAGGAUCUUAGUUUAAGCCAGUUUGCUACAGCAGGAAAAUAAUCCUGCAGCAACAGGAAAUUUAAAUUAUUAUGCAGAGUAUAAUUCAUGGAUAUUUUUUGUAGGAGUUAAUACAUUUUACAUUAGGGCAAAUCAAGUCUGAAAUUUUAAAUAGGAAAUUACAAACUUUAGAAGCUUUUUAAACCUUUAAUACACUACAAGUUUGCAUUUCCUGUUGUGCACGAAAAUUCUCAUCAACAAAAGAGUGAUCAAAUUAAGAUCCUACAUCUGUUGGAUGAGAACUACACCAGUAGCAGUUAACAAUACAACAGUGGGCUGUGGAGCAGUUGUGACUCAGUAUAGUCUGAAUAUGCACUAGGACUUAUUUACUUGUGGUGGUCAAAGGAUGGUCAUUAGUGCAUUCUCUGGCUUCUGCAUACCUCUCAUCUCCCCCCUCUCACGCUCUCUCGCUCUAGGAGCUGGUGGCUCUGGGUCUCAGUAACACAGUGGGAGGAUUCUUCCAAUGCUACUCUGUCACCUCUUCUAUGUCCCGUAGCCUCAUUCAGGAGAGCACUGGGGGCAAAACACAGGUAACACACACACACAGUAUGUCCACCUGCUAAUAUUUCUGCAGGCAUACAUUUACAUUUUUGUCAUUUAGCAAGACGCUCUUAUCCAGAGUGCAUACAUUUUUCUUUUUUCAUACUGGUCCCCCGUGGGAAUCGAACCCACAACCCUGCCGUUGCAAGCGCCAUGCUCUACCAACUGAGCUACACGGGACUAAAUACACACUCACUGAUGUGUGUUUGUGUAUUGUGUCAGGUUGCCGGGGUGGUUUCUUCAGUGAUUGUGCUGAUCACCGUUCUGCAACUGGGGACACUGUUUGAGGAGCUACCCAAGGUAUCUAUCUCUCUAUCCCCCCCCCCCCCCCCCCCCCCACCACCCCCACCACCACCAAACACACACACACAACACCACGCCACUGAUCUGAUCUGAUGAGUGUGUGUGUGUGUGUGUCCCAUAGGCUGUCCUGUCCUGCAUAGUGUUUGUAAACCUGAAAGGCAUAUUUAAGCAGUACCUAGACAUUCCUGCACUCUGGAAGAGCAACAAAGUCGACCUGGUGAGAGCAACACAUAACAUCUAUACACUUCAUAUCUAUAACCUAAGACCUGCAUCCUAACAUGAGACCCCUGGGGCCUCAUUUAUAACCUUUUUGCGUAAAUGUAACACUAAAUAUCUGCGUGGGGGGUGCAACUCAAUAUUAUAUUGUUCCUAAUGUUUUGUACACUCAGUGUAUAUUCCCCACUUUCACAAGGCUACUAGGCUACUUUUGCCUUCUUGUAAUACUUCAACCACUAGAAACUGUGCUUACGCAUGGUCUGAAGUUUGCGGGAUGAUAAGCACAUUCUCAUGUCAAUUCAGUUUUUAUAAAUGUAAACUUUUGCGUGAAAAAUGGCUCAUGCAUGUGUUGGGGCAUAUUUUGUGCAAAAGCACCGUUUAUAAAUGAGGCCCCUGGUUCCUGGGUAUUCACCCCUAUUGAUCACAUGUGUCUCUGUUGCCCCCUAGCUGGUGUGGUUGGUAACGCUGGCAUGUACCAUCCUGCUGAACCUGGACCUGGGCCUGGCUGCAUCCAUCGCCUUCUCUCUGCUCACUGUCAUCUUCAGAACACAGCUGUGAGUCUGUGUGUGUGUGUGUGUGUGUGUGUGUUUGUUGUAGAAGGGAGAGAGAUUUACCUUCUAAAGUUACUGUACUGUGUCCCUCUUUCUUCUCAAAGUGCAUAACAUCCCUUUAUCUUUCUCUCCCAGGCCACGGUACUCUAUCCUGGGGCAGGUUCCUGGGACUGAGCUCUACCUGGACACAGACACAUAUGAAGAGGUGAGAUGGAGGAGCUCAAUAUGUACUAAGGGGGGAGUGGGUUAGUGAACAAUGGGGUUUAAAGCAGCUUUUAGAUGACUGUCUAUUGAACCCCCCCCCCCCCCCCCCCCCCCCCCUCCCUCGUUUGUGUGUUGGUUUGUCCCGCAGGCAAAAGAGAUCCCAGGUAUCACUAUCUUCCGUUCUUCCACCACGGUGUACUAUACCAACGCUGAGUUAUACCUGGACGCACUGCAGGAGAAGGUAGUGUGUGUGUGUGUGUGUGUGUGUGUGUCUUUCUCUCAAUCUGCCCUUUUUCUCUGAAAUGUUCACUCUCUCUUAUUCACUCUCUCAAUCGCUCUCUUUCAUUUCCCCACACAGACAGGAAUUGACAUUGGGAAGCUGCUGACACAAAAUAAGAAAAGAGAUGCUAAACAAAAGAGGAAAGAAAAGAAAGAAGAAAAGAAAGCUGAAAAGGAGGCAAAGAAACAGGUAUGACACACGACACAUACAGUACAUCACACACGUCACAUACAGUACAUCAUACACGUUACAUACAGUACAUCACACACGACACAUACAGUACAUCAUACACGUUACAUACAGUACAUCAUACACGUUACAUACAGUACAUCAUACACGUUACAUACAGUACAUCAUACACGUUACAUACAGUACAUCAUACACGUUACAUACAGUACAUCAUACACGUUACAUACAGUACAUCAUACACGUUACAUACAGUACAUCAUACACGUUACAUACAGUACAUCACACACGUCACAUACAGUACAUAAUACACGUCACAUACAGUACAUCAUACACGUUACAUACAGUACAUCACACACGUUACAUACAGUACAUCAUACACGUUACAUACAGUAAGUACAUCAUACACGUUACAUACAGUACAUCACACACGUCACAUACAGUACAUCAUACACGUUACAUACAGUACAUCAUACACGUUACAUACAGUACAUCACACACGUUACAUACAGUACAUCAUACACGUUACAUACAGUACAUCAUACACGUUACAUACAGUACAUCAUACACGUUACAUACAGUACAUCAUACACGUUACAUACAGUACAUCAUACACGUUACAUACAGUACAUCAUACACGUUACAUACAGUACAUCACACACGUUACAUACAGUACAUCAUACACGUCACAUACAGUACAUCAUACACGUUACAUACAGUACAUCACACACGUUACAUACAGUACAUCAUACACGUUACAUACAGUACAUCAUACACGUUACAUACAGUACAUCAUACACGUUACAUACAGUACAUCAUACACGUUACAUACAGUACAUCACACACGUUACAUACAGUACAUCAUACACGUCACAUACAGUACAUCAUACACGUUACAUACAGUACAUCACACACGUUACAUACAGUACAUCAUACACGUUACAUACAGUACAUCAUACACGUUACAUACAGUACAUCACACACGUUACAUACAGUACAUCAUACACGUUACAUACAGUACAUCAUACACGUUACAUACAGUACAUCAUACACGUUACAUACAGUACAUCAUACACGUUACAUACAGUACAUCAUACACGUUACAUACAGUACAUCAUACACGUUACAUACAGUACAUCAUACACGUUACAUACAGUACAUCAUACACGUCACAUACAGUACAUCAUACACGUCACAUACAGUACAUCAUACACGUCACAUACAGUACAUCAUACACGUUACAUACAGUACAUCAUACACGUUACAUACAGUACAUCAUACACGUUACAUACAGUACAUCAUACACGUUACAUACAGUACAUCAUACACGUUACAUACAGUACAUCAUACACGUUACAUACAGUACAUCAUACACGUUACAUACAGUACAUCACAAACGUUACAUACAGUACAUCAUACACGUUACAUACAGUACAUCACACACGUUACAUACAGUACAUCAUACACGUUACAUACAGUACAUCACACACGUUACAUACAGUACAUCAUACACGUCACAUAUUUUUCAAGACCUCUGCAAUCCGCCCCUGACAUGCUGUCAAUUAACUUCUGGUCCAUAUCCUGACUGAUGGCAGCCCAUUCUUGCAUAAUCAAUGCUUGGUGUUUGUGGGUUUUUGUUCUCAAUGGGAUUAAGGUCUGGGGAGUUUCCUGGCCAUGGACCCAAAAUGUCGAUGUUUUGUUCCCCGAGCCACUUAGUUAUCACUUUUGCCUUAUGGCAAGGUGCUCCAUCAUGCUGGAAAAGGCAUUGGUCGUCACCAAACCGUUCUUGGAUGGUUGGGAGAAGUUGCUCUCGGAGGAUGUGUUGGUACCAUUCUUUAUUCAUGGCUGUGUUCUUAGGAAAAAUUGUGAGUGAGCCCACUCCCUUGGCUGAGAAGCAACCCCACACAUGAAUGGUCUCAGGAUGCUUUACUGUCUUCUCCGGACAAGGUGUUUUCCAGAUGCCCCACACAAUCGGAAAGGGGAUUAAUCAGAUAAAAUGACUUUACCCCAGUCCUCAGCAGUCCAAUCCCUUUACCUUUUGCAGAAUAUCAGUCUGUCCCUGAUGUUUUUCCUGGAGAGAAGUGGCUUCUUUGCUGCCCUUCUUGACACCAGGCCAUCCUCCAAAAGUCUUCGCCUCACUGUGCGUGCAGAUGCACUCACACCUGCCUGCUGCCAUUCCUGAGCAAGCUCUGCACUGGUGGUGCUCCGAUCCCGCAGCUGAAUCAACUUUAGGAGACGGUCCUGGCGCUUGCUGGACUUUCUUGGGCGCCCUGACGCCUUCUUCACAACAAUAGGCCCUUUUCACGAUGACGUCAUCUAACUUCCGCCUUUCCGCGUAGCAGGUUAACUUCACUUCCGUUCGCCCGUAACCUGAGACUUCUCAACGAAAAUACAACUGUUGACCACUAACUAGCAAGCUAGCUACUUGAAGAAAUUCCAAAAGGUACGUUUAAGUUAAAUUAGUAAAGUUAAGAGUAAUAAUGUUUACGUAUAUGCAAUGGUUUGUAACUUGCUAACGUUAUUGUUAAUUCAUAAUUGUUCACUGCCUUAGUUACUUAAAAGUGGGCUAACGUUAGCUAACAACAACUUAGUACCAGAUACCGAUAACGUUAAAAGGUAGCGUUACAUUGCUGCCUGGCUGUAAUGUAACAAGUUUACUUAGCUAGCUAUCUAACCCUUUGUUAGGCAGUUAGUUUAUUAAUAUCUGACCUGUGUCCUAGGCCGGUGCCAGGUCUGCAGUGCGCUGGUGCAUGACAGAGGCAAUGGCACUGUCUUAAAGCCCAUGGUAACAUAGUGAGCACUUUGAAAAAGAAGUGCUACUAUGUGAUUACAUAGUGCUUUCCCAGCAGAGCAGGAACAUGACAUGUGAUUGAGUACCACAGGAACCUCUGCAGAGUCUAGUGUAACCUGUUCAUAGAGACAUAACAAUUAGUGCUGUACUUACAAAACAUUUUUUCUGCGUUUCAUUAUAAACUACUGUACACAAUUUUCAAAACCCAAUUUCUUUUUUUAAUUAAGAAAAAUUGGCUGUUCUGAAACCUUUGACAAGUAGUGCCAACACUUAUCGAAAAUUUGAACAUUUUGAGUUAUCACAGAAUCUUUCCCAGUCUUUAUUGCCGUCAACAAUCCACAUCGGUUUGUAAGAAUUUCGUUGUGUAUUAAGUUUAAUGAUACAAAAUCAGAGCUCAGACUGAGAAACAAACUGAUCCACAGUGGAACUUUGUGGAAUCAUUCUUAUUAAAUCUGCAACCGCAGCAAAACACAACAAAAAGAAAACUUAUCUAUCUUUACCUAUCUUAUCAUAAUGUUAGAGAACUGUUUAUCUGAGAAACCUGAAGCCGAUGAGCCUCCUCAUUUUUCUUCAUGGACCUGUAACAUCGCCCUCUCACUGUCACCUCACCGUUAACUACACUUGAGACUGUUUCAAUACAGUGAUUGGGAGAAAGGGCGCAGCAUUAGCCAUUAAUACAUUACUGACUCUUAUCUUACGGUCGAUACAAACAGCAGUAAUAUUAAAAAGAGGCUGCAAAACAGAAACUCGUCAGCUCAUAACCUUCGCUAGCAUAGGGCUAAUUUAAGCUAAAUAAAGAUAAACACGUACCUUCAUAAUCAAACAGGUAACCUUCAACGAAGAACUUGUAGCCUUUAUCAAGCUUCGAUCUUGAAGUAAGGGACCACUUGUCAGCAAGUCGUUCUACGUCGUUAAGUCGUAUUGGUGGCAGAUGUGAAAGGGACUGGGUGAACUCCAUAAUGAUGUGCUACUAGCUAAGCGUUCCUAAGCGACACCGGAUGUAAACAUAACCUGCAUCGCGGCAGAACGGAAGUUGUCUGACGUCACGUGAAAAGGGCCUAUUGAACCUCUCUCCUUGAAGUUCUUGAUGAUCCGAUAAAUGGUUGAUUUAGGUGCAAUCUUACUAGCAGCAAUAUCCUUGCCUGUGAAGCCCUUUUUGUGCAAAGCAAUGAUGACGGCACGUGUUUCCUUGCAGGUAACCAUGGUUAACAGAGGAAGAACAAUGAAUUCAAGCACCACCCUCCUUUUAAAGCUUCCAGUCUGUUAUUCUAACUCAAUCAGCAUGACAGAGUUAUCUCCAGCCUUGUCCUCGUCAACACUCUCACCUGUGUUAAUGAGAGAAUCACUGACAUGAUUGCAGCUGGUCCUUUUGUGGCAGGGCUGAAAUGCAGUGGAAAUGUUUUUUUGGGAUUAAGUUCAUUUUCAUGGCAAAGAGGGACUUUGCAAUUAAUUGCAAUUCAUCUGAUCACUCUUCAUGACAUUCUGGAGUAUAUGCAAAUUGCCAUCAUCAAAACUGAGGCAGCAGACUUUGUGAAAAUUUGGAUUUGUGUCAUUCUCAAAAUGUUUGACCACGACUGUACUGUACAUCACACACACCCACGUCACAUACAGCACGUCACACACACCCACGUCACAUACAGUACGUCACACACACCCACGUCACAUACAGUACGUCACACACACCCACGUCACAUACAGCACGUCACACACACCCACGUCACAUACAGUACGUCACACACACACCCACGUCACAUACAGUACGUCACACACACCCACGUCACAUACAGCACGUCACACACACCCACGUCACAUACAGUACGUCACACACACCCACGUCACAUACAGCACGUCACAUACAGUACGUCACACACACACACACGUCACAUACAGUACGUCACACACACCCACGUCACAUACAGUACGUCACACACACACCCACGUCACAUACAGCACGUCACACACACCCACGUCACAUACAGCACGUCACACACACCCACGUCACAUACAGUACGUCACACACACCCACGUCACAUACAGCACGUCACACACACCCACGUCACAUACAGCACGUCACACACACCCACGUCACAUACAGUACGUCACACACACACACACGUCACAUACAGUACGUCACACACACACACACGUCACAUACAGUACGUCACACACACACACACGUCACAUACAGUACGUCACACACACCCACGUCACAUACAGUACGUCACACACACACCCUCGUCACAUACAGUACGUCACACACACACCCACGUCACAUACAGUACGUCACACACACACACGUCACAUACAGUACGUCACACACACCCACGUCACAUACAGUACGUCACACACACACCCACGUCACAUACAGUACGUCACACACACCCACGUCACAUACAGUACGUCACACACACACACGUCACAUACAGUAUGUCACACACACACACGUCACAUACAGUAUGUCACACACACACACGUCACAUACAGUACGUCACACACACACACGUCACAUACAGUACGUCACACACACACACACGUCACAUACAGUACGUCACACACACACACACGUCACAUACAGUACGUCACACACACACACACGUCACAUACAGUACGUCACACACACACACGUCACAUACAGUACGUCACACACACACACACGUCACAUACAGUACGUCACACACACACACACACUUCACAUACAGUACGUCACACACACACAUACUGUACACAAAAAUGGUUUUACACUAAGAUGUUAUCAAGUGACCUUAUUUCAAUGGAUGUCUCUCCCCUUCCCUUCCAAGAAAGGCGUGAAUGGACACCUACACAAUGGUACAGUCCACCCAGAGGACAAGGUGGAUGUAGAGAAGGGAAACAGGACAGACGUCGCCUUGACUGACAGACCCACCAAUGGACAGGUCUGUAGCGUGAUGUACUACAAUACUACACGAAACACUCUGGACUCAAGUAAAGCAUACAGUCAGCAAAACCUCCAUUCACACCAGAGCAGAGUAACAUACUGUCUCUCUGUCAAUCUAAGGUGAACUGGGCCUACGAGCAGCAAGGGACCGGGUUGGACCCGGGCUAUGAGACUGGUAGUCGUGGCGAUGAUGCCAUAACCCAGAUGUCCAAUACCGGAGGAGAAGGGGAGAGGGGGAGGAGCUCCGACAACGACACACAUACCAUCAUCCUGGAUCUCUCCACAGCCAGCUUUGUAGACACCGUCACUGUGAUGACGCUGAAUAACGUAUGUUUGUGUGUGUGUGUAUUUGUGUGUGUGGGAAGAGUGUAUGUGUGUAUUUGUGUGUGUGGGAGGAGUGUAUGUGUGUAUUUGUGUGUGUGGGAGGAGUGUAUGUGUGUAUUUGUGUGUGUGGGAGGAGUGUAUGUGUGUAUUUGUGUGUGUGGGAGGAGUGUAUGUGUGUAUUUGUGUGUGUGGGAGGAGUGUAUGUGUGUAUUUGUGUGUGUGGGUGGAGUGUAUGUGUGUAUUUGUGUGUGUGGGAGGAGUGUAUGUGUGUUUUUGAAGGAUGGGGAUGGAAGGAGGAACGACAGAGAGGGAGGGUUGAUCACAGAGGGGAUGGAGAGAAGACAGUGAGAGAGAAAGGGAGAUCGAGAAGGAGAAAAAAGGAGGGAGAGGGUAAUGAUGUUUUCAGAAAUGUGUUAUUUGUAGAUUCUUUGUAUCCAGUCUCCUUAUGUCACAUUGUUCGCUGUCGUACUCCUGAGUGGCCUUGUGCUUGAAACAAACAAAGGUCUUGUGUUCUGUGAGUAGGCAGGCCUAAAUUAGAUUGUUUUGUAUGUUGGGGAAGAGGCACUUAUAGAGAUGUGGAGAGAGAGAGAGAAAGAGAGAGAGAGAGAGAGAGAGAGUGAGAGUGAGAGUGAGAGUGAGAGUGAGAGUGAGAGUGAGAGUGAGAGAGAGAGAGAGAGAGAGAGAGAGUGGUGGAGAGAAAGAGAACAGAAAAACAAGAUAAAUCCAAACUGGUGCAGCACAAACAGUCCCGUAGAAAAACAGCCUUCUUAUUUGACCUUUCACCUUUCUCUCUCUCUCUCUUUCCUUCUCUCUCACUCAAUAUCUCUCUUUAUUGCAGAUAUUCCGAGACUAUAGAGAGAUUGACAUUGACAUCUAUUUAGCUGGAUGCCAAGGUGAGUGUCUGUGCUAAUUCAUGCUGGUCUCUCUGGCCUUAGCUUGUGUCGUCUUUGUGUGUGUGUGUGUGUGUGUGGUUUACGUGUGUAUUGUGUAACCUGGUUUGUCUUUCCUCCAGUAUGUGUGGUGGAGCAGUUAUCCAGAGCAGGCUUUUUCUCUGAGUCCAUCCCUAAGAGCCGUCUGUUCACUACGGUCCACGACGCUGUGCUACACAGCCUGCGGCUGCAAGGGACCAUCUACGAGUGUGCUCUGGUGAGUAGACCAGACCCUCAAGGCCAUUUGGAUGGUGUUGGAACUGUCCUCCAAAAUGAGCUGCUUUCUUAUGAUUGUUUCUAGGUAUACCUGGCAAUUAAUUCAUUCUUAUCUUAUGUUCUGACACUUUCUCCUUCUCUACUAGGACAUGGCCUGCACUACCAAGAUG